AUGUACCCCAUAUCCGACCUCACCGCCUUCUGCCGCAGGACAACCGGAGAUGUGCCCCCAAAGCUGGUGGGCGCGUCGACCACUGUCAUAGGCUCCAAGAUGUAUCUCUACGGAGGUCGCUUGGUGUCCGAGCGCAGGAUGGUCUCGGAUAUUUACAUGUUCGACCUCGAGACUGUCCACUGGGAAAGGCUACACCAAGCACCGGAGGACGACAUUCCUCAGGCCCGCUACUUCCACAGCGCGGACACAUGGCGCAACCAUCUCAUCAUCUUCGGUGGUAUGGCCAUCAAACCUCAGUCCGACAACCCUGAGGACCUCUGUGUUCUGAACGACGUCCGACUCUUCGAUCUUACGACUGGACACUGGCUUCCUUCGUCCGCCACCUCCGGCGAGUCAUCGCCGCCCUCGUUCGUUCCCAAUGCGCGCUACGCCCACCUUAGCUCCGUCAGCGCGGACCGCCUCUUCAUUAUCGGCGGUCAAGACCUCGCAAACGUCUGGUUGGAUGACGUGUACAUUUUUGACCUCGUCAAGAAGGUUUGGGUGCAGAGGCGCGAGUACUCGCGACAUUGUGGGACAUACCGAAGUGUGGCUGUCACCGCAGACAUGCGAGUCCGGUUGCCGCAAGAGGAGAUGCGUACCGGCCAGGCGGCACCGUCGAACCUCGGCCCCGCUGGGACACGCUUCAAGAACAACAGGAAUGCACCACCCGCCUCACCUGUCACUUCCACGGAAUCGCUGAUACAUUUGCCGUACUCUGCUCCUCCAACUGACGACUAUCCCUGUGACAUAUUUCUAUUCAGUAACUACAACUUCACCGACGUCCAGCGAGAGCUGGAAGUAUUCUCACCUCUCUCAGAUGGUGACUUCACCGUGUCAGACCGAUCUGCCGCCAUGACUGGCACUUCAUUUCCCCCAGGUCUUCGGUUCCCAACGGGGGCUAUACUGGGAACCUUCUUCAUCGUUGCCGGCACUUACCUCUCUCAGACGUACCAAUCUUUCUCGAUUUGGGCACUGGAUCUCAUCAACAUGACUUGGUCACGUAUUGACCCCGGCAGCGCUCUCGCGACUGGUUCUUGGUUCCGAAGCUGUCUGUGGCCCGCCGCGAAUCGCUUCGUCGUAUUCGGCAACCGACAUGGGAACCUCGUCGAGGACUAUAACCGACGUCUUCUUAGCUGGGACCACGUCACAUGCAUCGAUCUGGAGGCGUUCGGCAUCUAUCAACCACCACCGCUCGUCUUGGACAUCUCAUCGCAGGAGCUUGGACUGGCGGCGUUCGAGGAGGGUGCGCUCGCAGAUUUCGAGAUUAUCUGCGAUGACGGGCGCAAGAUCCGGUGUUCGCGGAGGCUGCUUGAGGAGCGAUGGCCCUGGUUCAAGGAGCAGCGCAAGUUGUUCGUCCAGGCCGCACAGCGGGAGACGGAGGCAAUGGAGCCAAUCCCGCAGCAUGUGCCUCUGCCCGAGCUCCCUGGGGCUUACGACGGGCAGGAACCACGACCAGACCCGAGGCUUACACCCCGCUCGUUCAACCUCUCUGAGCCGUAUCCGAUCAGUCUAGCCCUGGUGCAGUACUUCUACUCCAUGGCGCUGACCACCCCUCUUCAACACGCGCCGGCUGUUUUGAGCCAGCUUCUUCUGCUGUCAAGCACGUACGAACUGAUGCACCUGCAGUCGCUCGUGAAGCAUGCGAUGCACCGCGCGCUCAGCUAUGCCACGUCUGUGGGAAUCUACGGGGUCUCUACGCUCUGUAGCUGCAGGAGCCUUCAAAUCAGGUGGGUGUCAUUCCUUGAUGAGAUAGAGUAG